GCCCCGCUGUAAGUGAUGCCGCACUAAGGAACACUUUCACCCAAACUCCUUUGGGGGACAGAACACUACCCAGGCUACAGUUCAUUUAUGUGUUAUUUUUUGUUGUUGCUGUAUAAUAACCUUUACAAAAAUGAAAACAGUUUUUGUCAGAAUUGAAGUUUUCAGACAUCGUACCAAACUGUUUCAUUUUUGCGCGUUCUUGGAUGGAAGUUUAUGCGCUUGGAAGCUUUAACACAUGCUGAGUGAAACGAUCUUCCAUACAAGCGGUUUUCACCAUUUAUAUCAGGAGAAAACAUUUAAAAAACACACACACACACGUAGGGCUAGGGCUAUUUCAUGUGACUCAAUCAACUUGGACCAUCAGCAUCUCUCCUGCCGCACCGUAAUUGAACCACGCUUAACUCAAGAUAUCCGAAGAGGAUUUACGUCGGCUCUUCGAGUUACAAAGUUAUUCCGCAAGCAAUGCUUUUUUUGCCUUUCGAAUGUGGACCAUAGACUUUUUAUGACAUGGAUCAUUUUCUGUAGCGGAUAACCCUAUUUAUUUGCGUUAUAUUUGAUUCCCGCUACCAGAACAGGAUCUUUUUCUCUCCUCUAUUCCACUUCAGUGUAAUUCUAUGGCACUUCUUCUAAAGCAGUGAUGUCGCUACGUGACGGGAAUUGCGAUUGAUUUGACAUAUUCUGUUUCAAAGGGAUAUAAGAGUUGCAUCCUUACAAGGAAAGCUCCCAUCCUCUAUGAUUAUGGACUUAGCAGGUCAGACUCAUGUGUUGGUGGUGUUGCUCACCUGCCUGGUCAUGCUGUCCUGGGCCCAAGAGAAGGACUACACGGUGAGGGAGGAACAGCCCGAGAAUGUCCGCAUCGGGAACCUACGGAAGGACUUGGACCUGAACCUUGACCCUGACUUCAAGCUGACCUCGCCACUGCAGUUUAAGCCUGUCUACAAAACGGGCGAUGUGCCUUUGGUGAGGGUAGAGGCCAACACCGGGGAGAUCUUCACCACGGCUCACCGCAUCGACCGCGAGAAGCUCUGCUCGGGAGUAUUCAGCGAGAAGCGCUGCUUCUACGAGAUCGAGGUCGCCGUUCUGCCUGACGAGAUCUUCCGUCUGGUCAAGAUCCGGUUCCUGAUUGAGGACAUCAAUGACAACGCUCCACUCUUCCAGUCCACCGUAAUAAACAUCUCCAUCCCAGAGAACACUGCCAUCAACACCCGGUACCCCGUGCCCUCUGCAUUUGACCCAGAUGUGGGGAUCAAUGGGAUCCAACACUAUGAACUUGUCAAGAGUGUGAGUGAGUUUGGCCUGGACAUCAUCGAGACCCCAGAGGGAGACAGAUGGCCUCAGCUGAUCGUCCAGCAGAGCCUGGACCGCGAGCAGAAGGACACCUUCGUCAUGAAGAUCAAGGUGGAGGACGGAGGAACGCCACCCAAGUCCAGCACGGCCAUCCUCCAGGUUACCAUCUCCGACGUCAACGACAAUCGACCGGUCUUCAAGGACAGUGAGGUGGAGGUGAACAUCCCCGAGAACGCCCCCAUAGGAACCUCCGUCACCCAACUCCACGCCACAGACGCAGACCUCGGCUCCAACGCCCAGAUCCACUUCUCCUUCUCUAAUCAGAUCUCCUCAUCCACCAAGAGGCAUUUUUCUAUCGACAGCACCACCGGGCUGAUCACUGUCAAGCAGCCCUUAGACAGAGAAGCCACUCCAGUCCACAAACUCAUUGUCCUGGCCAGCGACGGCAGCUCCACCCCCUCCAGAGCUGCUGUUAUCGUCAACGUAAUGGACAUUAAUGACAAUGUUCCGUCCAUAGACACUCGGUACAUAAUGAACCUUGUAAAUGGAACGGUUCUACUGUCGGAGAAUGCUCCUCUCAACACAAAAAUAGCCCUAAUUACAGUGACGGACAAGGACUCUGAUCUGAACGGAAAAGUGACUUGUUAUACUGACCACGAUGUUCCUUUCAGGUUAAAGCCCGUCUUUAAUGACCAGUUCCUGCUGGAGACUGCGGCCCCCCUAGAUUACGAAACAACCAGGGAAUAUGCAAUUAAGAUAGUAGCGUCGGAUUCUGGGAAGCCUCCUUUGAACACGUCAGCGAUGGUUUUAAUUAAAAUUAAGGAUGAGAAUGACAACGCUCCCAUCUUCCCUCAGCCUGAGAUUCAGCUGUCCAUACCAGAGAACAAUGAUCCAUCCACGCAGCUCAUAAAGAUCAGUGCCAUGGACGCAGACAGCGGACAUAAUGCAGAGAUUAUUUAUUCUCUUGGCCCUGACGCUCCUGAUGGGUUUAACAUAGAUCGACGGUCAGGAAUCCUCUCCGUUGGCAAACGCCUGGACAGAGAGAAGCAGGAGAAGUAUUCGUUCACUGUCAUGGCGAGGGACAAUGGGUCUACUUCCCUGCAGAGCAAUGUCACAGUGAGGUUAAUAGUGCAGGACCUCAACGACAACAGCCCAGCUUUCACCCAUCCUGAGUAUAACUUCUACGUGCCUGAGAACCUGCCUCUGUACGGGACCGUGGGCCUGAUCACCGUCACAGAUUCAGACGCAGGUGACAACUCCGUCAUAACACUGUCCAUCCUGAACGGGAAAGACAAUUUCAUUAUUGAUCCCCAGACCGGUGUGAUCAAACCCAACAUCACGUUUGAUAGAGAGCAGCAAAGCUCAUACACUUUUAUGGUGAAGGCUAUAGACGGAGGGCAACCACCCAGCACUUCAUACGCCAAGGUCACCAUAAAUGUUGUGGAUGUCAAUGACAAUCGACCCGUUUUUGUUAUCCCCUCAUCCAACUACUCUUACGAUCUGGUCCAGUCUACCACCAGCCCUGGGUCUGUGGUCACCAGAGUGUUCGCUAUAGACAAUGACACUGGCAUGAAUGCUGAGCUGCAGUACAGUUUCAUUGGGGGAUCACCAAGAGGGCUGUUUUCCAUAGACAAAACAACUGGUAAUAUAACUCUGCAGGAGAAGAUAGUCUCAGCCGAUCAGGGUUUACACAGGCUAGUGGUGAAAGUCAAAGACCUGGGCCAGCCAGAGUCCUUACACGCAAUCGCUCUCAUUCACCUGUUCAUUAACGAGACUGUAUCCAACGCUACGUUCAUUCUAGAGCAGCUACGUAAGAGCUUGGAGACUCCAUUGGACCGUAACGUGGGAGACAGUGAGGUCACACCCCAAGCCAACGGAUACGUGAUUGUUGUCAUCGCAAUUAUAGCUGGGACUAUGACAGUCAUCUUAGUCAUCUUCGUGACGGCCUUGGUGCGCUGCCGUCAGACUCCCAGGCACAAAGUGGUGCAGAAGGGCAAGCAGAGCGGCGAGUGGGUGUCGCCCAACCAGGAGAACCGUCAAAUCAAGAAGAAAAAGAAGAAAAAGAAGAGAUCCCCUAAGAGCCUCCUCUUGAACUUUGUCAGCAUAGAAGAAUCCAAGCCUGAUGAUCCCAGCCAGGAGCACAUUAAUGGAACCCUGGACCUGCCUGUGGAGCUAGAUGAGCAGACCAUGGGGAAAUAUAACUGGGCCACUACUCCGACCACCUUCAAACCUGACAGCCCAGACUUAGCCAAGCAUUACAAGUCUGCCUCUCCCCAGCCAACCUUCCAAAUCAAACCAGAGACCCCGAUGGCGCCCAAUAAACACCACGUGAUUCAGGAGCUCCCGCUAGACAACACGUUUGUGGUGGGCUGUGACUCGCACUCCAAGUGCUCCUCCACCAGCUCAGACCCGUACUCGGUCUCAGAGUGCAGCUGUCAAGGGGGAUUCAAGACUCCUGGGCAAAUCCACACCAGACAGGAGACGGCACUGAAACCACCCCUCUAUGACACACUCUGUGGCUCAGGUACAAGUCGCUGCCACAGGAUAAAAAUCAAUCUCUAGCUGCCAGUACCUAGAGAGAGAAAGAGAGAGGGAGAGAGAGAGAGAGAGAGAGAGAGGGAGGGAGGAAGGCACAGACGAAGAGGUGAAUCUCAUACUAUACAGUCUCUACAGUCUACAAAAACACCAACCAACAAAAAAGGAAUAUGUUAAUUUCGUUUAUUUAAUUUUUUGUUUGCCGAUAAAGAAAAAAAGUAGAACUUGAAUAAUUUUCACAGAAAUGAAGACACAUUGUUGCCUGCCUGAAACUUGACACAAACUCUCCUUGUGAAUCCUGUAGGAGGUUUGAAAUACAUUACAGAAAGACACCAUUUACAGUAUCUCUUAUUAUAUCUCCUAGACGAUGAUUCACGAUAUAACCCACCCCCAUGUAUACAAAACAUACAGUACAAAUACAAUUAAUAUCUAUUCUGUACUUUAUUCUGUUACGUUUCUGUUUAUAUGUAUUUAUUUAUAUUUAUCACAGAGUUGACUAUGUUUAUAUUUAUUGAUUAUGUUGACUAAAGUUUACAUACCUGGUGUCUGUUGUUAUUUGGGUUUUUUCCCUUGUUUGACUAAAGUUUACAUACCUGGUGUCUGUUGUUAUUUGGGUUUUUUCCUUGCUUUUUAAUCCAUUGAAUUUGCUAUUUUUGGGCUUGCUUGUGGAUAUACUGACUGGCAAUGUGUAAUGCUGCAAGCUAGACCUACUGCUAAUGGGCCUACUACUAAUGGGCCUACUACUAAUGGGUCUACUACUAAUGGGCCUACUACUAAUGGGUCUACUAUUAAUGGGUCUACUACUAAUGGGCCUACUACUAAUGGGCCUACUA